AUGACGAUGGGGCAACGUAUCCAGUUACUUGGCCGCUCCAUUGACCUGAAUCGUUUGAUUUCCCAACGGAUAAGCAUCGCCCUUCUAAAAGCCCUUGACACGGCCAUAUGGAUGUUUGAAAGUGCUGAGCUUUCUAGCAUUGUGGAAGUAUUUCGGAAGACGCCAUCUCGUGAAAAGAAACCGCAGGUCUCGUUCAUCUAUCUAUGGGGGUCGAAGUCAUUGAAUGCAGCAUUUGCGAACAUUUUCUUCUCUUACUCACGCUUCAUUGGAAUUCCGCAUUUGAAAGCGAUCGCACGGCUAAUGCAAUACCAAGGCAUUGCUGUGAUCCUGGAGGAACUGUUAAAAAUGGCUCGAAUACUGAUUUCUGACAAGUUGAAACGCCACUUGAGGACAAUUUACUCUGUGAUGCCAAAAAUAUGCAAGUUGCCACGGAGCGACUACGGUAGUCCAGGUGUGCUUCAAUAUUACUUCCACCAUCUCGAGGGCGUGGGAAAGUAUGGCGAAUUGAAAGGCGAAUUCUGUCAGGAUCUGCGCGAAUUGGGCAAUAUUAUUCUCUUUUGUCACCAGCUAGAAUCAGGUAUGGCUCAAGAGGAGGUGCAGGAUCUACUUGCCGCAGCUGCUUUCACAAACGUCAUUCCGAAGCCACCAGCCAAAAGUGUUGCUGAGCAAGAAAAACAACUUGCUAAGCUUGAGGAGAAAUACUCUCGUAUUCAGCUCACUAAUGUCGUUGAGAAGUUUGGAGAUGAUAAG